GUCGAUUGUUUGCAAGUUAUUUUUUGUUUACAUUAUACUUUAAUCGUCAUCGUUUACCUCAUUAAAUUCACGCAUCAUGGAGAUUUUAAUCUAAAAAAAUAAAAGAAUUGAACCAGUUGUUCCCAUUUUCUACCAGUAAUCACUAAUACUGUUUUUUCCUUAUGGGUCUUUGGUACACCUGCCACAUAACUAAAUCCUUUUUCACGCGUGAAGCUUAUCGAAGGAACAGUUCCAUCUCUCUCUUAUUGCUUGAAACAUGAGAAAAUAAAUAAUUAGCAAAUAUUUAAUUCUUUUCUUAUUUAUUUCAACCAUGGGAGAGGUUUUAGUGUUGCUAUUUCUAUCAUCUGCCAUGCUAAUAGGAUGUUAUAUGGCAGGAAUGAUUCCAUUGAUUGUAUCUUUGUCUGAGGACAAAUUACAAAUUGUUUCAGUCUUGGGAGCUGGACUUUUAGUUGGGACUGCCCUCUCUGUGAUUAUACCAGAGGGUGUUAACACAUUAUACUCAACACAAUUAAAGCAGCUAGAGGCUUUGAAGCACAUUCAAAAGGAAGUCUUAACUCAAGAGUCAGUUUCUCAAGCGCACAUUCCAGAAAUACAUGACUUUGAGCCCCAUUCUGUCAUUGGGGUUGCCUUAGUCUUAGGAUUUAUAUUCAUGCUACUAAUAGACCAAAUAAGUUCAGCUCACAGCCUACACUCCUCAACAGCUGAUGUUGAAUCUUCCUCUAAGCAGGAUCGUCAUAAAAUUACUGCUACUAUAGGACUUGUUGUACAUGCUGCUGCGGAUGGUGUGGCUCUUGGGGCUGCUGUCACAACAUCCCAUACAGAUAUAGAGAUGAUAGUGUUUACAGCUAUUAUGCUACAUAAAGCGCCAGCUGCUUUUGGACUUGUAACGUUUUUGAUGCAUGAAGGCUUGGACAGAGUCAAAAUUAGAAAACACCUAUUGAUAUUUGCUCUUGCUGCACCCGUUCUUGCUAUCAUCACUUACUUUGGUAUUAGUCAGUCGACGAAAGAAAGACUGUCCUCGAUGAAUGCCACUGGGAUUGCCAUGCUCUUCAGCGCUGGAACUUUCCUUUACGUGGCAACUGUUCACGUUCUUCCAGAAAUAGCUCUUCAAUCUCACAGGCACAACCCCGACAUCUCCACUCCGGACAUCAAAGGGUUCAGGAAGGUGGAACUUCUGGCCCUCGUGGUGGGUGCCCUCCUACCUCUCCUCUUGUCGGUCGGCCAUCACCACUGAUGUCACAGUUUGUAGUCUUUCUGGGACUGCUUUGCUGGUCCGGGAGGAGAAUUGUUGUGAUAAUCUGAACAAAUAGAAGCAUUGAAGAGAGAGAGAAAAAAUUUUUUAUAGUUUGUUCUUUGAUGUGUUCAAAGCAUUUUAUAUUCUCUUUUUCAAAGACAUUUAAGUUUUCAGUGAAUUCAAGUUUAGAUUUCUAAAAAAAACACUAUUUCAGUAGUACGGAAAAAACCUGUUUGUUAUAUCUUUUGGUUUUUUAAAAUAUUUAAUUGAUUUAGUUUUUUACUGAUAAUCCUGAUAAUCUGUUUUGGGUAGAUUUUAUUGAUCAAUCCUAUUUUUAAGUAAAGUCUAAAUAAGCUCUUUCAAUGCAAUUUAAUAAGAAAGAAUAAAAUAUUGGAUGCAUUUUAGAGUGCAAUAGAUAGUUGCCUUAUUCUUAUCUGAGAAAGACUAAGAGAGUGGUGAAUCUAAGAUGAUUCGAGUAAUUAAAUUUAUAGUUGAGGCAAAAAUUGUUUACAGUGUGAUAUUAUAAUAAUAUUUUAUGUUCUGAAAUUUAUAAUCCAUUAUCUGAUAUAAAAAGAAGUAUAAUAAAUUCUGGAAGCAUUAUUAUCAAGUACAAAAUUAAAUCCGUUCUUUGUUAUUUAAAUUGCUCAUCCAUUCAUUUGUCUUUAUUUUGGAAUUCCACCUUUUAUAAUUUACUAGCAUGUAACUAUUUGUUUAUUGAAUGAGCUUCUAUAAAUACUUAAAGAAAUUUUACAAAUUGAAUUAUUAGUUGUUGUCAUAGUUCCUUUUUCUUAUAUUAAGUUGUUUCUAUUAAAGGUAAGUUAGAUUUAAUUAUGUUUAGUUGAGCUUUCAAAAUGCUUAUGUAAUGUAUAUUUACAUAAAAUGUGUUAUUUUUGUUUACAGUGCUUGUUUUGUUUUUAGCUACACAAUAUUGCCUAGUUUAAAACAUAAAAUAAUUAUGUUUGACUUUGUUUCAAAAAAAGGGAAAAAUAUUGAAGAUAUUACAUGUACAGUUUUUACUUGCAUAAUACUGUUUAUUUGAAGAGAAAAAUGAAGUUCAUGUUUUCAUAAAGUACUUACAUUGAUUUUUCAAUUGCAUGAUAAUAUAUGAAGCAUUUCUUUUCACUAAAAGAAUUUUUGUGUAAUCUGACUUUUUACUGUAGUUUCUCCCAUUCUGCUAAAAAUUUGCAAUAGUGCAAUUAUACACCUUGUUGAAAAGUUCUUGCUGAACAUGUAAGUUUUUUUUUAAUUAAUAAAAUAGUUAUUAUAAAAUAGAUAAUAAAAAAUAUCAAUAAAAAUAUAUAUAUAAAAUCUAUAGAUAGAUGAAAUUGAUAUAAUUAAUGACAUUCCUUAAUUAGUGUCAUUGAAUUAAUUCAAAUAUACCAUUAACAAUAUACUGCCUAAAAAGUUUUUUAAAGGCUGGAGGUUACACUCAUUUUGUUAAGAAAUAUUUAGCUAUUUCAAAUGUUGAAAGCACUACUUUGCACUUUGAAUAUUUUCUGUUAAGCUUUUGCAUUUUUAUUUCACCUGCCUGUGUUUGAAAUGUUGUUCCAAGUACUUAUGCCUUUUUUUCUGCUUUUUUUUUUCUUCACUCAAAAUAGAUUCACCAUCUAUCUUUAUAUACUCGAGUAUAAGUCACAUUCAAUCAUCUAUUCCAGAAAAGAAAAAUAUGUAAUAAAUAUUGUUAUUUAAGAUUAAUUGUACCUGUUAUACUCAUAAUUGUGAUAGUUAGAACUGUCGUUUUUGUAAAAACAAAGUUUGAAAAAUGUCUAAAAUUGAACUGCAGAAUCAUUUAUAUUCUCGUGCGUAUAUUUUCAUUGUUUCUGAUGGACAUGGAUGCUAAACUGACAAUACAACACUAAAGUAUGAAUUUCUUUCAAGAUAUUAAGAGAUAAAAUGUCAGUUAAUUAUUUUUAAAGCCUCAUUAUUAUUUAUGAGGCAAAAGUGUUUUAUUUUUUCUCUCAUAAUAAUAACUAUAAAUAUGUUAAGAGCUCUGAAAAAAUAAGCAAAAACUAAUUGUUUUGACCGAAAAAAAAAGGAAGAAUUGAUAGUCAGAAAUAAUUAAAAAAAACGUUCUAGGACUCUAUUAAUCACUAAAUAUUUCCCUGCUGAAUAUCCAAGAUGUUACUACUACCCAAAUACUCAUGUGAUGAACUUUCAAAGGUAUACAAAUGACAUUCAAGAAUUUAUUUAUUCAGAUUUUAUGUGUUGUGAAUGACGCGAUUUAUCUAAAUUAUUUCAAUUUUAGUUGCUUGUUUGAAAAGAAAAUUUGAAUUUUAGCUUGAAUUAAGUAUACAUUGAAUGUAUGUUGUACAUUGAGUCAGUUCCUGACAAAGUAAUGUAUAUAUUUUGAUGAUCUAAUAUAUUGAAAUUUAAAAACAAAAUUGUGUACAUAAAUAAAAUAGUUUUUUUUAUGUGUCUUAUCUUCUUCAAACAAAAUAUAAAUACUCAAAUUUUUAUUUAAUUAUUUAUUUUGCAUUAAAAGAGAAGGUGUACAUGAUGCCUUUUUGCAGAAUAUGUUUUCUUAAAACAAAGCGAAAAAUGUUGUUGUCAAUUACUUUAUAAGAAUAAAUGAUUUUUUAUAUAUUUA